AUGCUCUCAAGCAACGGAUGGCGCGCCCUAGCGCUGUCCCUGGCUCUUGUCCCUCGGGCAAUGGCAGAUAUCUGCGCAACACUCAAGGCCGGUGGCAUCGAUAUCGAAUACCGUAUUUCAUUGGCAUACAAAACUGAUCUGACCGAGUAUUGGUCCACGGCAUGCGGUGAUCUCAAGCCAACAUGCAUUGCAGCUCCGUCCAGCGCAGCGGAGAUGUCACAAGUUAUUAGGAACCUUCACGACGUGGAUACACUCUUUGCCAUCAAGAGCGGAGGACAUAAUCCCAACAAUGGAUUUGCUAGUAUUCAGGACGGGUUGCUGGUUUCGACUAAGAACCUAGAUCAGGUUGACUAUAAUCCCAAGGAUCAUACUGCUGUUAUCGGUCCUGGUCUGUCAUGGGAAGAGGCCCAGAAAGGACUUGAAGGAACUGGUCGGACUAUCGUUGGAGGUCGAAUGGGAGGAGUUGGAAUCGGUGGAUAUAUGCUUGGAGGUGGUAUGAGUUUCCUGAGCACCCAAUACGGCUGGGCUGCGAACAAUGUCUUGGACUACGAAGUUGUCCUAGCCAAUGGUACUAUUGUCCACGCAACCGAAACCGAAAACCCAGACCUCUUCAAAAGCUUGAAGGGAGGUGGCAACAACUUUGGAGUUGUUACUGCAUACACCAUGCAGACAUAUCCUCAAGAUCACAAGGUCUGGGGUGGCAACUAUGUUUUCACAGCCGACAAAGCCCCCGAGAUUCUCACAGCAUUGCGCAACUUCACUGACGAGUAUCCUGACGACAAGGCGGCAAUGAUCGUGACAUUCGAACGCGGUCUCUUGGUUGACCUCUGUAUUUUGUUCCUCUUCUAUGACGGCCCCGAACCCCCCUCUGGAGUCUUCGAUGAGUUCACUGCUAUCAAACACACCUCAACAGCCAAGACCUUUGACAGCUACUACGACCUACUCAAGAACAACGAUCUCUUCAUUCUUAAGGGGCAACGCUAUACCAUCGCCACCGAGACCACGCCCCUUCCCAAUAAGACUGUGGGAACGGCCCCGCUCCAGGAGUACUACGAUCAUUUCCGCGACGUGACUGGGUCCGUACUAGGAGUGACUGGGAUCAUAGGCUCAAUUGCCUUCCAGCCCGUACCGAAGACAUUCUCCCAGAAGGCGAAGGACCGUGGUGGAGACCUCCUCGACUUCCCCUCCGAUCAACCGUACAUUAUCAUUGAGCUCGAUUUCUCCCAUGGUCUAUCCAUCGACGACAACAAGAUCGAUGCAGCCACCGUAGAACUCUACCAGGGAAUGGGCAACCUGGUGCAGAAGAACAUCGACAAGGGCCUUCUUCCCGACGUGUAUCGACCAUUGUUUAUGAAUGACGCAUACUACCGCCAGGAUUACUGGGGACGUAUUAGCCCCGAGUCCAAGGCGCUUGCUCUGAAGACGAGGAAGGCAUAUGAUCCUCAAGGGUUCUUCCAAAAGCGGACCAGUGGAGGUUGGAGGCUUGGCUAG